UCCUCGUUCAGAUCAUCGGACUUGUAGUAGGGUUCUUUACUUCACUGAUUCCAUUCUGAAUAUUUCUUGUUUGAAAGUCUCGACAGCGCGGGUAGAACCACAGAAUGACAAGAAGUUGUCGACAGGCAAAAUAAGUGCGAAACUUCUCACCUCUGUAAAGAACACACUAUUGCCUACUUUUACACACGCACCACCAGCUCCACCGAAAGUCAGUGAAUGACUUCACUGUCUAUCAGCGACAACCAAGAUGCAUUGUAGUGAAAAGCCUACAACAUUUAAGCUCUAUCUUUACGUUAAUGAAAGAAACGAUUUCAUUUGGACUUGAAAUGCAGCAGGAACGGUUACUCAAAGUUCUCAUAAUUGGAGAUUUGGGUGUGGGGAAAACUUCCAUUAUAAAGCGUUAUGUCCAUCGGAUUUUUUCUCAACAUUACCGCGCAACGAUCGGCGUUGACUUUGCUUUGAAAGUCCUGAAUUGGGAUCACCGGACAGUCAUUCGAUUGCAGUUGUGGGACAUUGCUGGACAAGAGAGGUAUGGCAACAUGACACGUGUGUAUUACCGAGAGGCUGUUGGGGCGCUGGUGGUUUUUGAUAUGACACGUGUCUCCACUUUCCAAGCUGUAUUAAAAUGGAAAAAAGACCUUGAUUCUAAAGUUGCGCUGGGCAAUGGACGGCCUCUGCCAGCUGUUCUACUGGCCAACAAGUGUGACCAACAGAGAUUAUGUUCCAAACUGCCUAAACUUGACAAUUUCUCCAAAGAGUAUGGCUUUGUGGGUUGGUAUGAAACGUCUGCCAAGGACAAUACAAACAUUGAUGCAGCCAUCAUGUGUCUUGUAGACAAUAUAAUGGCCAUUGACGUGGAAGACAUUCCUGUGGAAUCAGACCCCAGUGUUCUGGUCCUGCCUACCUUUGAUUAUAACCUGCAAGAACACAGUGGCUCUAGCUGCUCUGUCUGCAAUAAAACCCAGCCCAGCAGAAAACCCCACAGUGAAUUAUAGGGAGAGAGAGGGAGAAAGAGAGAGAGAGAGAGAGAGAGAGAGAGAGAGAGAGAGAGAAGUCACACCCUUUGUUGGGCCUUCAGUUUGUGCUGAUCUAAGCCUUUGUGGGAAAGACAAGACCACAAAGCCUUAACUUAUAUACACAUUAAAAUGUGCCAAAAACAACAAUGUCAUCAAUAAAACAUGCAGAGAUUACCCAGUCUUCUCUGAUGAAUACUUAAUGUUUUAGACUCAAAUCUAAAUAAAGGCUGUUACAG